AGUGCCGCAGUGCGCAUCAUAGACAUUAAGUAUAUAAUAUGGUGCGCAUUGGGCUGUAUCUGUAUACCAUAAGGUAAACAGUAAUAAGAGUACACUAAUAGUCACAAUAUAUACACAAUGGUACUGUAAUUCAGGCUACAACCCAUACAGCAUUACAGCCAUACAGGUUGCAGGUGCAAUCUUCGGUGGACUACAACUGGUGUCUGUGCACUGUCUCUGUGAUAAGUUUCUGAAAUUAAUUUUAUGGUCAUUACAUUUUAAAUUUAUUGAGUUUGCUUAAUUGUAUAAGCCAUCACGGCAUCACAUAAUAUUAUACCGUAAGUGCGCUGUUAAAAUUUCACCUGAAUAAUACAUACAUUUCGCGGAUUUUAUGAUGGAUGAUACAAAAUUUCUCGGCAUAUCAGAAAUGCAGAAUUCUAAUGAAGAAAUAUUUAAUUUUAAUAUGUGUAAUGAGAGCUUAACACCACUGUUAAAUCAGUUUGAUGGAGUAUUUAUGAAUCCAAAUGAUAUUAAUGAAUACUAUUUUUCAAUGCCAAUGGAAAAUGGAAGGGUUGUAGAUUUGAAUCUUCCGCAAACGCCUGAAGAAGAUCAAGAAAAUCGUGAAACAUGUACAGCUGGCUCUGUAAAAUCAUCACCAACUGGUAUUAUACCGUGCCAGGAUGAAUUUGGUGGAAGUACUAAUUUUGAAGUGUUGUUAGAUUCCAGUUCCCAGUCAUACCGACAAAAAUGGAAUUAUUCAGUUAGACUGCAAAAACUUUUUAUUGACAUAAAUAAAGUGCUUCUGUUAAAUUUUAAAUGUGAUUAUGACAAGAUUGCCAAUAAUAUGUUAUUAUUCGUACGUGCUAUGCCUAUGUACAGUGCAGCAGAUUGGUUAAAAGAACCGGUUGAUCGUUGUUUACAACAUUUAUCACCUAUAGAUCAGUUUAACAAAGGUUUUACACAUUUAGAACAUGUUAUACGUUGUGAUAAUGAAAGUACAACUUAUCAUAUUGAUGAAGUUAGUAGGCGUAAAAGUGUAGUUACACUUUUAUCUAGACCUGAACAUGGGUCAGAUAGCACCAGAUUAUCUUAUAGAUUUGUUUGCAAGACUUCUUGCAUUAGUGGAAUGCAACGUCGUCCUAUAAUUGUAAUAUUCACAUUAGAGGAUUACACUGGCCAAGUGCUUGGCCGUCGUGUACUUCCAGUAAAAAUUUGUUCUUGUCCUAAAAGAGAUAUGGAUCGCGAAGAAACUGAUACUCAUUUACAAAAAAACACAGUUUUUCGUCGAAACAAGAAGUGCAUCUCACAAGAUAUUAACCAUAAUAAUAAUCGCCAUCAUCAUAGUGAUAGUGAACCUCCACCAGCUAAGAUAAUUAAAUUAGAGUCCUCAACCUCAACAGAAACUGAUACAUAUAUAUUGCCUAUAAAUUAUACAACCAAAACAAAGGAACACUAUAAAAUAGUAUUGGAAAGCAUAUACUCUGUAAUUACUGGUGUGUCAUCUCUUCACAAUAUUACAGACACACAACCAUUACUCAAAGACUUAAAAUCUAGAUUGAACAACCUUAACUGAUACUGGAGAAUUUAUUAUAUUGUAGGCCUUAAACAUUUUUUAAGUCUUAAUUUAUAUAAAUAUAUUUUUAUAAUGACUACAUAAAGUAUGUUUUUUUUUUAAAUUGUUGUGAAUUAUCUGGCUGUAAUUUUUUUAUUUUUUUUUAUUGAUCAAGCUUGAUCGUGCAUUUAUUAUUAUUUAUUAUGUUAUUAAUAUUGGCAUAUUUGUAUUAUUUAACAUAUUUAAGUCAAUUAUAUAUAUAAUCAUAUAUUUUAAUUAUAAAACGAGAGAAAAAGA